AUGCUGAAAUACCAGUGUGUCUGUCACAGUCUGAUGGACAUCAUGUUUUACCUGAACCAAGCAGCUCUGCUCUCACUUUUAUUCACAUGUCAAGUCCAUGCAGGUAGAGAUAUGUUUUUGUUAUGCAUGCUUCUUUAUUGUCUAAAUUGUAUAUAUGUUUUGCAUUGAUUUAUUGUUUUGUUCUAUUGAAGCACAUAAUCCACCUGUGCAAAGGAAUAUGCUGGUGUCCAGAGGAGAUCCUGUCAAGUUAAUCUGCAAUGAAUCUAAGCCAGAUGAAUUUAUCAAAUGGACCAAAGGCAGACGUUAUUUUUCAUAUGCCUUCAUACAUAAUAAGCAGAAUUUAUCAACUUUAACCUCAGACAGACUGACAAUAGACGUAAACUCACCUUCAAAGCUGAUGAUUUCAAACGCUCAGGAUAGUGAUGGAGGACUCUACACAUGUGAAGUAACUAGUGAUGGUGUUAUUUUGACCAUUCAGUGGAAUCUGACAGUGUCUGAGAAACCUAAAGGUAGGUCUGCUCUUGAUCAUUUUAUAACAGUUAUAUCAUAUGUCAAAGCCCUGGUAAAAUGUAACAUGAAGUUUUUUGCAUCUAAUUUAAUACAGAGAACGGGUCAUUUAGUGUUUUACUACAUAUUGUCAUACCUUUGAUUGGAGUGUUUCUGUGUUGCAUCGUCUCAGCAGUCUGUCUCUGUAGGUAAGUCUACUUUCUAGUUCUGAACUUUUUCUCUCACUGUACGCUUAUUAUAUUAUGUCCUGUCAUUUAAAGUCUGUGUUGGUUGUAAACAGAAGUAAUUUUUAGACAAUAGGACUGCGUUUCCUUACUGUAACAACGUCAUUUCUGCAGAAAACUGAGGCAUCGGACACCAAACCAGAACUCGAUCCAGGAACCAUUUUAUGAGUCAGUUGGAGAGGUCAUAAAAUCUUAUUCAUCUUUGGAAUUGAAACUUUUGUUUUUUUUCUGCUCUUGUUGUAAAACAUUGAUCUUUGUUUUAAUUUCUUUCCAAACACAUACAGACCGCUCAGAGCAGCACAGACAGGAGGACGAAUAACAAACGGAGGAGUCAGUACAUGGAAAGGCUCAACUCAAUAUACAACGCCUCCUGA